CACAAAUCAGCUGUCAAUUUCGAUUCGAACGUCGCUCGUUGUGAAAUUUAAGCAAAAUAAAAACUAAUUUCAGGAGGAAAAUUCAAACGCGCAAUUUGAUUUAAAUCGCCGAAAAAUGUACAGAAAUACUCUAAAAACAGUGCCCACCUUGCGUGCCCUGCUGUACGGCACACAAAAAGUCGUAUCUCAAAUGCCGCACAAGUCUUUCACGUCCCUGCAAAAAUCUCCCCUCCGCCACACGGUACCCGCGGCAAGCUUCGUCCCCCAGCGUGCCAUGUUUAUCCAAACGCAGGACACCCCCAAUCCGGACAGUCUCAAAUUCCUGCCGGGCGUCUCCGUGCUGGAGAAAGGUCAAACCAUGGAUUUCCCCACCCAGGCGUCGGCCCUGUGCAGUCCCCUGGCUAAGCUGCUGUUCCGCAUCGAGGGCGUCCGGUCGGUGUUUUUCGGACCGGAGUUUGUGACCAUCUCGAAGCAGGAGGAAGCCGAGUGGCGGCUCAUCAAGCCGGAGGUUUUCGCCGUUAUUAUGGACUUUUUCGCGUCCGGACUGCCGGUGGUGACCGAUGCCAAGCCCACCGGGGACACGCAGAUCAACGAGGACGACGACGAGACGGUGCAGAUGAUUAAGGAGCUGCUGGACACGCGGAUUCGGCCGACGGUGCAGGAAGACGGGGGGGAUAUUAUCUACAUGGGCUACGAGGACGGCGUGGUGAAGCUGAAGAUGCAGGGCUCGUGUUCUUCGUGUCCCAGUUCGAUCGUAACGCUGAAGAACGGCGUGCAGAACAUGCUGCAGUUUUACAUCCCGGAGGUGGUUUCGGUGGAGCAGGUGAACGAUCUGAGGCCGGUGGACGAGAUUGCCGAGAAGGAGUUUGAGAAGCUGGAGAGCAAGAUGCAGCAGAAGGAGGAUAAAUAGGAUGUACGAGAUUGUUAGGGUGUUGCUAUUGUAAAUAGAGUUUGCUUGGAGUACCUUCUCGACGAGGGUUCGAAUUUAUUUGUAGAAGACGUGGAAAAAAAUAAAGCUUUAUGUGCUUUGCAGACAUCUCAAAACCAUAA